AUGAACGUUGUAAUUGUCGGGGCUGGCAUUGCUGGUCUAGCCUCAUCACUGGCUCUCACUAAAUGGCUACCUGAAACGCCACACAUUACCGUUGUUGAGAUUCGCCCACAGCCUUCAACGAUCGGCGGCGCUGUUGGAUUGACGCCAAAUGCCCUGCGCUGCCUGCACCACUUGGGGGUGUUGCCACGAAUCCGGGCAAAGAGUUUGGGGACUGGCAUAGACAAGAUCGAAUUGUUCACAAUCUAUACCGGCGCCAGACUCGGCGAGAUAAACUUCGAGGGUCAGAAUGGGGGUGGGGUUGGGCAGCCUGCGUUCAAAGGUCUCAGGAUCCUGCGCGCAGACUUGGUCGAGUCACUUACAGACACGGUCAGGGAACUCGAUAACGUCAAGUUGGUGUAUGGCCACAACCCGGUCCAGAUUGUCGAAAUGGAGAAUGAGGUGACGGUCCAGCUGGAUGACGGUGCAACCCUGAGCGCGGACCUACUUCUCGGGUGCGAUGGGAUACAUUCCUUUGUCAGAACCAGCCUUGUCGACACGGAGAGAAGACAGCUGUACACUGGGAUAGCCGCAGUGUUUGGGUUUGCAGAGUUAGAGGACGGAGCAAAAAUUCCUUGGAAAGACACGGGGUUGUGCCAGUCACAACGCGGCAGUCUCAUGACCACCUACUACGAGCCGACGAGGAAGAAACAGUUUGUGGCAGCCAUCACCGAGACCGCGGACGUUGCAUCGAGAGAAGGGUGGCUGGCUCGUGGUGCAGAACAGGAGAGAAUCAAGCAGGACAUCAAAAGUCGAUUCGGUGGUGGCGCCCUGAAAUUCCUCGAUCCUAUCAUCUCAGCAACGGAUCACUGGACCCUCUAUCCCGUGUAUCAACUCGCACCACGGGGCAAUUGGUGCUCAAAACACACAAUCCUAUUGGGAGAUGCCGCACAUGCAAUGUCCCCUCAGGGCGAGAGCACGGCAUAUGCGUUGGAAGACGCCAUUUUGUUCGCCAGAGUCUUGGGAUCCAGAUCUGAUAGAGGACUGGACGAAGUUUUCCGUGCAUAUCAAAGUGUUAGAAGGGUCAACAUCGAUAGAGCCUACGACGAGGCCAACUUUGGAUGGGGAACACAAAGCGACUGCGGCUGGUUCGCGUUCUUGCUAAGAAGCUGGAUGACGACGGCUUAUUUGUGGUGGACCGCUUCCGCCAGGCAAAAAAGAUACUGUGAAGACGUCGCUACCAUGUCCCUGGACUAG